GAGUCAGAGUGUACAAGAGAGGGUGAAAAUAGAGCGAUAGAGAGAUGGAGAGUGUGAAAGUGAGUGAUAGUGAUAGAGAGAGAGAGCGAGCACACUAGAGCUAGAGUGUUAGAGAGUGAUAGAGUGAGUGAAAAAGUCAUAGAGAGGUGAUAAUUUUAGAGAGCGCACACAGAGAUAGACUGUUAGAGAGGACAAUAGAGGCAGAGUGGGGGGAAAGUCAUGGUGCUAAAAUGGUACAGAGUAUGCUUGAGUGACUAAGCCAAAGUGUAGGAUUUAAACAGUGUGCUUAUGAGCGUGAGAGGCAGGCAGAGAUAAUGUUAAAAAGUCUAUGACAGGCACAAAAUACAUCAGAAUAUAUGAAAAAGAGAUUUGGACAGUGUUAGGAGAGGCAUAAAGCAUGUAGCAAAAGUGACAACUUGUAGAAGAAAGUGUAAGAAGAUAGGGUGAGAAAUUUACAUCUUAUAUAAAGGCCGCAGAUAAAGAGAAUGUAUAAGAGCUGGAGCGUGUGUUAGUAUUUGGAGAUGUAGUUUAAUAGCAAGAUUUAUACAGAGAAGUAUAGAAAGAAAAAAGUAUUAAAAAGGAGAACCCUACCAGACAGUUCACCAUGAGUACCCCAAUGAUUCAGGCCCAUCACAUUUUUGGAUUGCAAGCUUCUGUUGCCAAUAAUGUUUUUUACUUUGAUGAUCAAAGCAUAAUGUUCCCAGCUGGGAGUAGCUGUGUGCGUUACAACGUCGACCAAAAAUGGCAGAAAUUUUUUCCAGGCUCUGAAAAAAGCCAAGGUAUGUUGGCCCUUGCUCUUAGUCCCAAUCGACGAUAUCUGGCCAUUUCUGAAAAGGGUGAAAAAGCCACAGUGGCUAUAUAUGAUAUACAGCAUGAUCAAAGUAGAAAGAAAAAGUUACUAAGUGUGAAUGAUCUUCAGGCUCAGGAGUUUGUCAGUAUUGCCUUCUCGCCAGACUCCAAGUACCUGAUUGCGCAGUCUGGGAAACCUGAUUGGACACUGAUCUACUGCUUAUGGAAGAAACAGAAAAUCAUUGGUGUUAUGAAAACUACAACUAACGCAAAUCCUAUUUACCAGAUCAGCUUUAAUCCUCAAGAUAACACACAGAUCUGCGUGAUUGGGGAUGGUGUUUUAAAACUAUUACGAUAUGCUGAUGGAAAUCUCAAACAAACGAACUUCCAAAAGUUUGAGCUACAGAAUUUUCUCGCACAUGCUUGGAUGCCUGACGAUCGCAUCAUUGUUGGCACUGACAUGGGAAAAAUUUACCUGUUUGAAUUGGCUGAACUGCGCUGGGAGUAUGCCAUAGCACUAGAACUCAGAAAGACUGCUUCCAUCAGCCCCUUGCCUCCACCUCCACCUCCUCAACCCAAGGUUACAGCAAUAACAAUUUAUUCCAAAGGAUUUAUGUGCUCUGCUGGACCUGCUACUGUGUAUAUCUUUGAAAGAGGAGAGGAGAAAGAUACUUUCAAGAAAACCAAGGUGAUUAAGAUUCCACAGGAUCCAUACAGCACAGAUCCAACCCAAGCAGAACAGCAAGAGAUUUCAACUCUUUGUCUCAGCCCCUCAGAUGAGGCACUAAUUGUGAGCACAAAUAAGAGCCAGUUGUAUAGCAUCACAUUAUCUUCUGCUGAAAUAAAUAAGGGUGAGCUGGCACAUUUUGAAUUUCUCUCCCAAUCCUUCCACUCCAAUAUAAUUACAGGCCUGGAUAUAUGCAUUCGAAAACCCCUCAUUGCCACCAGUUCCGUAGACCGAUCUAUACGCUUGUGGAACUAUGAGACUAAUGCUUUGGAGCUUUAUAAGGAGUUUCAGGAAGAAGCCUACAGCAUUGCUAUUCACCCUUCUGGACUAUAUAUUCUUGUCGGAUUCUCUGACAAACUACGGCUUAUGAACCUUCUAAUUGAUGAUAUCCGAACCUUCAAAGAAUUCACAGUUCGAAGCUGUCGUGAAUGUUCCUUCAGCAAUGGUGGGCAUCUAUUUGCAGUUGUAAAUGGAAAUGUCAUUCAUAUUCACUCCACAACCACAUUUGAAAACCUGGUUAAUCUUAAAGGUCACAAUGGGAAGAUUCGUGCUAUCGUCUGGAAUUUGGAUGACAGUAAAUUGAUUUCCUGUGGUAUGGAUGGUGCAGUGUAUGAAUGGAAUACACUGACUGGAAAGCGAGAAUCUGAAUGUGUUCUGAAGUCCUGCAGUUACACUGGCCUUUGUAUCACACCGGAUAGUAAAACCAUAUUUGCAGUGGGGUCUGAUCGAACUUUGAAAGAAAUUACUGAUUCCCAGAUUAUUCGGGAAGUUCCAUCGAAUGAUGUUGCAUAUACCUGUGUUGUUAUGUCACAUUCUGGGCGAAUGUUGUUCCUAGGCACUGCCAAGGGGGAAGUACGAAGUAUGAAAGUCCCACUACCUGUAAAACCAGAAUGGAAUGAGUAUCAGGCACAUGCUGGGCCAAUCACUAAGAUGGUCGUUACCUUUGAUGAUCUAUACCUGGUGACGGUUUCAGAGGAUGCAUGCCUUCUGAUCUGGAAGAUAAUUGAUAAAGAGGGCCGGGUACUGAAACGAGACAAAGAAGUUGGCCAUGCGGAAGAAAUCCUGAUCAUAAAAUCAGAUUUGCAAGAAAAGAAUCAACUGACGCUGGAAUUGAAAACUCGUGUCGAGGAACUGAAGAUGGAGAACGAAUACCAACUCAGACUAAAGGACAUGAAUUACAGUGACAAAAUUAAAGAAUUAACUGAGAAAUUUAUUCAGGAAAUGGAAUCUCUAAAAACAAAGAACCAGGUUUUGAAGACUGACAAAGACAAGAUUGAGAAAAAGCAUAAGGAGGAUACAGUAGUUAUCCUGGAUAAACAUGUGAAAGACAUUGAGGAGUUAGAAAGCAUAAACAAUCAGAAACUGAUGUUGGAAUAUGAGAAAUAUCAGGAGCUGCAGCUCAAAUCCCAGCGAAUGCAGGAAGAUUAUGAGAGACAGCUGAAUGAGAUGGAUGAGAGUAAGAGCCAGGCAUUAGAGGAGCUGACUGAGUAUUAUGAGACCAAACUCCAGGAGAAGGGUACACUUAUUGAACAGUUGCAGGAAGAGUCCAGGCAACAGAUUAAAGAAGCUGAUGAAACAAAGAAACAAAUAGAAGAGGAUGCUGACCGUGAAAUUCAGGACAUUAAAAUCAAAUAUGAACGAAACCUGAGAAAUGAGAAAGAGGCAAAUCUCCGGUUGAAGGGAGAGACAGGAAUUAUGAGAAAAAAGUUUACUAGUUUGCAGAAAGAAAUUGAAGACAAACAGGGAGAGAUUGAGAAGCUGAAGAGUGAACACCAGAAGCUACAUGGAGUCAUCAGGUCACUGGAAAAAGACAUCCAAGGGCUCAAGAAAGAAAUCAUAGAACGUGAUGAAACUAUCCAGGACAAGGAAAAGCGCAUCUAUGAUCUCAAGAAGAAGAACCAAGAACUAGAGAAGUUUAAAUUUGUCCUGGAUUACAAAAUUAAAGAACUGAAAAAACAGAUUGAACCACGGGAAAAUGAUAUAAAAGAAAUGAAAGAGCAAAUUCAGCAAAUGGAAACUGAGUUGGAACUGUUUCAUAAACACAAUACCCAGCUGGAACUUAAUAUCGGAGAACUGAAACAGAAACUAAAGGCAACAGAAGCAGAGAUGCGCAACGAAAUGGAGAAGGUGCGACAUGUAGAAUCUGUUGUCAAGCGUUUUAAGACUGAUUUGUACAACUGCGUGGCAUUUAUUCAGGAUCCGAAGAAAUUGAAAGAAAGUGUGCGGCAACUCUAUGAGAAAUAUGUGCCGCAGUCAGAAGUGUUUGAAAUUGCAGCUGUUGAUUCAGACAUUCAGCGAGAGUUUGGACGACAAAGAAACCACUUGGAAAAAAGCAUUGCAACACUACAGAAAAAGCUAUUGAAGGACACAGAGAUUCACCGUGCUGACAAUGUCCAUAUUAUGCAGGAAAAUGUUGCUCUGAUUAAGGAGAUUAAUGACCUGCGGCAUGAAUUGAAGGUUUCUCGAAUCAAGAUACAUGACCUGGAAGUAGCUCUUGGAGCCAGUAAGAAGAACAAGAAACCAUGUGCUGUUGAAUUUAAAGAUAAUUGCUCACGGAGUGGGGCAGUCUCGCGUCUUCAUUUUGACCAUGAGUCAGAACAGAUCAUUGAACUUCAGCGACAGGAAAUUAAACAACUUCGGGAGCAAAUUCCGACAAAGGAAGGCCAAUCUGUUGGAGUAUUACCUGCUCUUACUAUCUAAUGAACAUUUCAAAUAUACAAGAAGCCAGUGUGGCAUGUACUUCUUUCCUCGUGUGCACACAAUGAACUGUCAACACAAUUCCUGAUGAAUUGUGCUUAAUAUCAAGUCAGUCAGUUUAUUCCUUCCUUUCAAAAGUUGCUGGUCUGUUGAAUAUUCCCAAUCUGUUUCAAAAAAAUGACGUGACCAGUGCUUAAAGGAUAUAUUAUUCACUUUUUCAUUAUCUGUACUUCAUUAAGCAAAAUUGUUUCCCAAUCAGUAGGAUGCUUCACUUAUUUAUUCAAAUUAGCUUGGUUCCUUUAAGCAAAUUAGAUGUUAUUUUAAAUAAGUUAAACCUAUUUUAAGAGGACUUUAUCAUUUUUUGACUCAAGUCUGAUGUAAUCUGUGUUCUUCAAAUAAUCACAGGGACAGCCAGGUGCAGCACAGUAAAUAAUUGUGAAAGUUAGGGUCAAUAUUUAUCAA